UACUUUGCAAAAAAACCCCCACACCACCCUCCCAACUCCAAAAUCUCUUUGGUUUCAAAAAAAAAAAGUUGAAAACUCUUCAACAAACAAAAAAAAGAAAAAUAUAAUCCGCGACGUCUGAUUAAGAAUUUCGCUAUGGUGCAGAAGCAUUUACAUGAACUUUUACAAGAAGAUCAAGAACCAUUUAAACUUAAACAUUACAUCGCCGAUAGGCGGUGUCAGCUCAAUAAAAAUCCUUCCAAAUAUUCGUUACAAACCGUUAAGAAACAAAAAUCGAUUUCUUCUCCGAGUAAUACAAGUACACUAUUAUGCAAACACGCAUGUUUUUUCACAUCGAUUCGGAAAAAAUCAGACGGAGGUAGUUCGGAGAGAUUAUCAUCACCGAUCAAUUUCCCGGCAUCAACAAAAAGUCCAGUGAGAAAAGUGUUUCUACAUAUCCCCGCUUCAACUUCCUCGUUACUGUUGGAAUCAGCAAUGAGGAUUCAGAAGAAACAAAAUCGACCCAAAUUGAAGAAAACCCAGAUGGGUUUUGGUUUAUUUGGGUCGAUUUUGAAGAAAUUUAUGAAUAAGAAACGUGAAAUUGGGAUGAAGAGAAAUGAAAUUGUUGCGGAAUUGACGAGUGGGUCGUGUUCAUGUAAUCACAGUAGGCUUAGUAGUGCCGGUUGGUCGGAGAGUAAUGAAGAAAAAUCGAUGGAUUUUGAAACUUCGAGUAGUUGCAGAUCGGAAAAUGAAGAGAUUGAGGACAUUGAGUUAGGUAUUUGUGAGAAAAAAUAUUGUUCCAGUCCGAUAAGCCCGUUUAGAUUUUCUCUUCAGAAAUGCCCGUCGUCCACUGGUUGCCGGACGCCGGAUUUUUCAUCGCCGGUAGCAUCUCCGGUUCGCCACAAAACAGAGGACAAAGAAAACUAUGAAGAUUUAGCAAAUAUUGAACAAGAAGAAGAUGAAAAAGAACAAUGUAGCCCCGUUUCCGUCUUCGAUCCUCCGUUUGAUGACGAUGGACAUGAAUGUGAAUACGAGUACGAGGAUGAGGAUGAAGAUGAGGAAGACGAUGAUUGUGGUAUCGAGUGCAACUAUGCACUAGUACAGAGAGCACAACAACAACUUCUAUCCAAGCUUCGUAGAUUCGAGAAGCUAGCAGAGUUGGAUCCUAUUGAGCUCGAGAAACUAAUGCUCGAGGAAGAAGAAGAAGAAGAAGGCAACAAUGAUCUCGAAUAUGAUAAUGAUUCGUUGUUAUCAUACAGAGACCGUGAUUUUGAGACGUUUGCAAGUGAAGUAACAAUCCCUUUCGACAUGAAAAGGCUAGUCUCAGACCUUAUAUACGAGGAGAAAACCGAGACUAACAACUCAAACAAUAGGGAAGAAGAAGUUGUCUUUGGAAGAGUAUGCAAGAGGUUAGAUUCAUGGCAACAUGUUAGAUCAGACACCAUUGACAUGAUGAUCGAAUCGGACUUUAAAACCGAGCUUGAUGAUUGGAAAAAGUUUCAUGAACAAAGGGAAGAAGCUGUAUUGGAAGUUGAAGUUUCAAUCUUUAGGUUGUUAGUAGAAGAAGUAGCAGAGGAGAUAGUGCAUUUUGGUGGACAUCAUUGGUAAUUUCAAUAAAAGUUUUGGCCUAAGCAUUUCUUCGCGAAUCCAGAUUAGUCAGAGCACCAAUGUUGGUUCUGGACACCGAAUUGGGAAACAAAAAAGAACACAUAGAGAUCUCCUUUGUAUUUUAAUCUAUCAUAGUCUAACUUAUUGUACUAUGACUUAGGCUAUAGUUUGUAGUGCAACCCAAAGAGUUUUUUUGGGGUGUUAGACAAUAGUAUUUAGUAGCAAAAAUUACUUAUCAUGUACAUGUGAGGGGGGGAAGGUAAAUUCUAUCUUUACUUCAUGAGACUAAAAAGUAUAGCCCUCAAUUUUCUUACUAGAGGAAAUAAUCUUUGUAUCAAGACUUUGCUUCUUUA